AUGGCUCUUCCUAUUGCAACCAUUGUGGAUAUUGUUAGUAUGUCAUUGUCAUUCUUAAUCACGGCCAUGACUGCUUGGGAAUUUUAUCGCCGUCGAACUCGGAAGCAUCGUAAAUCAGCGUGUAAUAACACCGGAAACCUUCAGAGCGUUCUCUCGAGGAUGGACUUGAGAUGCGAAGCGAAAAUUCUAGCACUAAAAGCGAUGAAGGCCACCAUUAGUUCCUCGUAUCAAGACAGUGUAGUGGACUAA